AUGGCUAUCUGGCGCGCGGAGGCGAGCCGGACCGCGGCCCGCGGCCGGACGCAGACAUCUGAUGGAGCUGCGCCGCCGCCGACGCCACGGCUGAUGUCCUCGCAGAUCGGACGGCCCGCCCGGUACAGGCGCGUCGCAAGCCGCCGGCACACGCGCCCAAACCUCGCCAGCUCCUGCCCCGGCACUCGCUAUUCGGUUGCCGUGGAGUGGAAUGGUAGCGAGUGGUCGGGAAAACAGGCGGUCGGCGACGGUCGGCGCCGCUGCCGCCGCCGCCGCUGUAGGCCCGGCCAGAUGAAGACGCUGGCGGGCGGCGGUUGGCGGCCGCGACGGACGGCGUCCGAUGCGCAUCUCGGCCUCAUUAACGCGCCCUGCUCCGCUCCCUACCCCGGCAGGCCACGCGCUAUCGGACAUCGCGGGCCGCGUUGCUCUGCUCUCACGCGACACGACGCUGACUCGCCCGCUCUCAGCAGGCUGGCCGUGAUUACCCGCCAGCAACAGAUGGGCCGCCGACAGGUGGCCGGCCGCGGCGGAGGCUGCGCGCACAGUGGGCGGCGCCGGUGCAACCUGCCCCUAGGGGAUCUCCAGCUGCUGGCGCGCUCUACAACGGGCAAGAGUGCCGAGGGUGAGAGAUGCAGAAGGCGAGCAUACAGACAGUAUGGUGGUGGUGGUGGUGCAGCCCUCGCUGGAGUGGAUAGCGAACCGGGCACAGCAGGCUGUACGGUGGCGCCGCGCCUGUACACAUCCACACCCUCGCCCCCGCCCCCUCCCUCCACCACCCCGUCACGGCCGGUGAACAGACAGAUCGCACAAACAAGCGGCGGCCGGCGGAGCCAGCCAGCGUUACGAGUGGCGCGACAAGAUACGCCAGCCGCGCUGACGACGAUAUCGACGCGCCCGCUGCGGCUGCGGCCGGCUGCGUUGCUGCCUUAUCUGUCGGGCGCACGCUCGCCCCGUGGUCCGCGCCGGCCGGCCGGCCAGAGCCGCUGUUUUUGCCUGCCGGAGACUUGGCUGCGCGUGUGCCCUCCACAACAGGGACUCGAGCCAUACGAUAACCCGCCGCCACGACUUUUCUGCAGGGGCACCAACCCGCGGGACGGCGCCACAAAGCACAGUCCGAGCCCGGCCGCCGCCUCUCUCCUGGCAGACCUUCCGUCUCGAAUACGAACGCCGUAA